AUGGCGCCAAUACAGACUUCCUCCAUGGACUCGCUUGAUGUUCUUCAAGACAUGUUCAACGAUGUGCUGAUCAAGACUGGCAAGGCCCUUCAUGCCUCGCGCCAGGACACCCCGGGCCAGUACCCCAGUCUGGCACCUACACACUUCAAGAUCCCCGAGACCUUGCAAACUUUCAGUUACGCUCUCGAUGGCAUGGAGCACGAAAUUAUUCGCGCCAAGUCUAUCAUGCUUCGCGAUCUGGAGCGUCUGCGAGACAGCAAGGCAAACGCAUCUGCCGAGGUCCCGCAACCUGUCGAGACCCAGUCCAAACCCCCCAUGGUUAUCGAGUUGAAAUCUUCACCAACCUUUAAGGCUGAAGGUGGGGACCAGACGUCUAGCUUCGGAGCCGAGAGCAAGGCUUUGGCACCUUUUCCCGAUAUGGGCAUGGGAAUGAGCAUGGAGGGAACUGCUGAUGCCACAGACGGGACUGAGCCCAAACCGGAAGACCAGAACGCCGUCAAGUCUGAGAAUGGCUCCGUUGGUCCCACGGAAAAGACCGACGCUGAUGUAAAGCCGUCUGAUGUUGUAGCUGGCGUAUCAGCACCUGGGCCCUCUGAGUCAGACCUGACAUUUACCAACAUGGAGUUCUCCCUAGCAGCACCGGAAAGUAGAGGCCAGGGUGACCAACAUAUGGGCCAGGACCAGGGCGAGUCGUUCGAUCUCGCCAACCUGGUACCGGCUGGCAAUGCAAACGAUGCCGCCGGCUCGCUGGACAACCUCCUUCCUCAGACAUCCACAGAGCAACCUGCCAAUCAAGGCCCUCUCGAUGUGCCCUCUGGGGAUCAGCAGCAGCAGCAGCAGCAGCAGCAGGAAAAUAACCAGACAGACUUGGGUGCUCCCAACUUCGACGGCCUAAGCAUGGACAACAUGGACAACAUGGACUUUGGCGCGGCAGACGGAACCGACUUUGACUUCAGCAUGGACGACGGCAACUCAUUUGACGAUCUUAUGAACAGUCAUGAGCAAAAUUUGGAUAACACCAUGGAGCAUGGUCAGUUUGACGCAGAUUUUUUCAACCUCGAUAAGACAGAUGACGCUUAG